AUGUUAUGACAUGUUCAGAAUGCAAUAGAGAAGGGAAAGCAUCGCAGCACAGCUUAGAAAUGCGAUCUUCUAACAGUUCAGCCUUGGGAAAACAUUUGACUUGGCCGCAAUGCAUUUGGCAGGAUUUUGAUCCCAUACAUCAGCUAUUCACCACAUUUGAAGCCCCUCCUGUGUCAAUUACAUCACCAGUGAAGCUCCUCCUACCAUAAACGCAUCAUCAGUGAAGCUCCUCCCACAGCCUAUAAGUGAAGACGAUCAUCAGAGCAGCAGGAAGAGCUGAAAUCUGCAGUUUAUUAAAGAGGACAGUGAGAACAUGAGUGAUCCAGAACCCUGCAGAAUGAAACACACUGAAGAUCCUGAAGAACAAAGAGACCUGAUGGAAGAGAUCGAGGAGAGAGAAGAUCUGAGUGAAGUGGAGGAGGAACAUCAUGUCCAACCUGGAGGAAAACCCUUGAGUCGCUCAAAGACUAAAAAGACAAUAAAAAAUACAACAAAAGCCAAGAAAUCUACGACAUGCACUCAGUGUGGGAGGAGUUUCACAAGCGAAAAAAGACUUGUUCUUCACAUGCGAAUUCAUUCAGUCGAGAAGUCAUAUGUAUGCCAUCAAUGUGGGAAGAGUUUCUGUAAUUCAACAAAACUUAAGGAACACAUGUGGAUCCACACCGGAGAGAAGCCGUUCACAUGUGAUCAAUGUGGGAAUCGUUUCAGUCAAUCAUCAUCCCUUAAAAAACACAUGAGGAUACACACCGGAGAGAAGCCGUUCACAUGUGAUCAAUGUGGGAAGAGUUUCUGUACUUCAAUUCAACUUAAGGAACACAUGUGGAUCCACACUGGAGAGAAGCCGUUCUCAUGUGAUCAAUGUGGGAAGAGUUUCCCACACAAAUCAACUUUUAAGAUUCACAUGAGGAUCCACAGCGGAGAGAGGCCGUUCAGUUGUGAUCAGUGCGACAAAACAUUUCUUUUCCAACAUCACCUGAAGAGACACCUGACAGUUCAUUCAAAGGAGAAGCCGUAUGCAUGUUCUGUGUGUGCAAAGAGUUUUUCACGGCUGCAAUAUGUUCUAACGCAUGAGAAAAUUCACAUUGGUGUGAGAGAGUACAUGUGCUUUGAGUGUGAGAAGACUUUUUUUUCAACUACAAAAUUAAAACUGCACCAGAGAAUUCACACUGGAGAAAAACCUUACAAGUGUUCACACUGCGACAAGAGAUUCACUCAGUUUGGAGAUAUGAAAAGACAUGAGAUGAACCACACUGGAGAACAACCUUACAAGUGUUCACACUGUGACAAGAGAUUCAGUAAAUCAACAACUCUGAAAACACAUGAGAUGAUCCACACUGGAGAAAAACCUUACAAGUGUUCACACUGCGACAAGAGAUUCAGUCAAUCAUCAAAUCUGAAAAAACAUGAGAGGAUCCACACCAGAAAGAAACCACACACGUGUGAUCAGUGCGGAAAGAGUUUCUCUUUUAAAAUUGGCCUGAAGCUACACAUGCGAAUUCAUUCAGUCGAGAAGCCAUAUGUAUGCCAUCAAUGUGGGAAGAGUUUCUGUACUUCAAUUCAACUUAAGGAACACAUGUGGAUCCACACCGGAGAGAAGCCGUUCUCGUGUGAUCAAUGUGGGAAGAGUUUCCCACACAAAUCAACUUUUAAGAUUCACAUGAGGAUCCACAGCGGAGAGAGGCCGUUCAGUUGUGAUCAGUGCGACAAAACAUUUCUUUGCCAACAUCACCUGAAGAGACACCUGACAGUUCAUUCAAAGGAGAAGCCGUAUUCAUGUUCUGUGUGUGCAAAGAGUUUUUCACGGCUGCAAUAUGUUCUAACGCAUGAGAAAAUUCACAUUGGUGUGAGAGAGUACAUGUGCUUUGAGUGUGAGAAGACUUUUUUUUCACAGACACAAUUAAAACUGCACCAGAGAACUCACACUGGAGAAAAACCUUACAAGUGUUCACACUGCGACAAGAGAUUCACUCAGUUUGGAGAUAUGAAAACACAUGAGAGGAUCCACACUGGAGAGAAACCUUACAAGUGUUCACACUGUGACAAGAGAUUCAGUCGGUCAUCAUCUCUGAAAACACACGAGAGGAUCCACACUGGAGAGAAACCUUACAAGUGUUCACACUGUGACAAGAGAUUCAGUCAGUUAUCAUCUCUGAUAAAACACGAGAGGAUCCACACUGGAAAGAAACCACACACGUGUGAUCAGUGCGGGAAGAGUUUCUCUAUUAAAAGUGGCCUGAAGCUACACAUAAAGAUCCACACAUUGGAGAAACCCAACAAAUUCUCAUCCCAAGACGUCAUAUAACUGACCAUACGUCAACAUCCAACGUUUUAGGGUACCCU